GGUUCGAAGAGAAUAACUUCAGAGAACCGAAGAUAGCAGUGAGAAAGCGCAAGUGCCUCCCGAACAAGAACGCCGGGGGAGCAGUCGUGGAACUUUUAUUUAUUUAUUUUUUCCUCUUCACCCCAAAUCUGUGCAUGUUGUGUCUGCUUGAACUCUAAGGAAAAUAUAGAAAGAAUUUUGCAGGAGAAAAAACUUUUUAGCCAUUCGAAAUGGCUGGACCGAAACUGUGUUUUUCAGUUUUUCUUUUCUGCCUCGUGACGAAAGAAGUUUUGUCAUCUCAUUCACAGGCAGAUGCAGACUUGAUCUUCGACGACUUGCGGGGAGUGCAGGCGGACAGCAACGCCCUUUCCAACGCCAUCAGUCCUCUCAGCACCCCACAUGUCCACCAUUCCGGUUCCCGGCGGAACAGAAAGCGGAGGACGCGUUGGCACCCCCCGACGGACGACGAGGACCUCUACAGGGACGCGGAGGACGGUCCUUCAGGGGAGGACGGGUGGGUGACACACAGCGGGGAUGACGAUCUCCGAGGAAAAGAAGAACCACCAAAACCUCCUGAAUCCGCCAACAAGCAAGACGGACCCUUUUACUUCAGAAUCAGCCUUACAAUCACAAAUUUACCGUACCAACCCGAGUUAGCUCAAAAAACCUCUGCAGAAUUUAAACGGGUCUCAGAAGAAAUUAUUUUAAAUCUAGAAGCACUUUACAGGAGGAUACGAGGACAACAAGCUGUAACAGUAAUUUCAUUCAGGCCUUUACAACAUUCCACAAGAGAACCUGUUCUAGUCACUUUUGAUGUGGGAUCUCUUGGAAACAAUGACAGGAACACCAUAGAAAGUGUAGUCAAACAAGCAAUUCUUUCAGGCUCUCUUGGAAACUAUCAAUUAUCAUCUGAAGGUUUUGUAGUGAGAGAUUUUGGUUCUGAUAUAACAUCCAGAGGUGACAUUCCACGACAAGAAGAGCCUAGUUGUGCGCCCAAUCAACUUAGCUGUACAUCUGGAGAAUGCAUAAAUGCUGCAAAAAGAUGUGAUGGUGUGAAAGAUUGUCAGGAUGGUUCAGAUGAGCUUGGAUGUCGUAUUACUGAAUGUCCUCCUGGAGAGUUUACUUGUGAUGGUUCUAGAUGUGUAUCAGAAAGGCGGAGAUGUGAUGGCAGAGCCGAUUGUGCAGAUGGAACAGAUGAAAAUGAGUGUGAAGGUACCUCAGACUGUCCAGUUGGUCAUUUCAAAUGUGAUGGUUCUAGAUGCGUUGAUGAAAGACGACGGUGUGACAAUAGACCAGAUUGCUCUGACCGAUCAGAUGAGACAGGUUGCCCAGGUACACAAUGUCCCGCUGGUCAUUUCCAAUGUGAUGGUUCGAGAUGUGUUGAUGAAAGGCGGAGGUGUGAUGGUAGACCCGAUUGUUCAGAUAGAACUGAUGAAACUAAUUGCCCAGAACGUCCAUCAUGCGAAGAAGAUGAGUUCCAAUGUGGUGAUGGAACAUGCAUAAAAUCUAACUUAAAAUGUGAUAGGAAGUACGACUGUGCAGAUGGCUCUGAUGAACUUUCUUGUGGUACAACACAAUGUCCUGCUGACCAUUUCCAAUGCGAUGGGUCUAGAUGUGUUGAUGAAAGGAGACGUUGCGAUGGUAGACCAGACUGUGCUGAUAGAGCCGACGAAACUAAUUGCCCAGAGCCUGAGCCAUGCAAAGAAGAUGAAUUCCGUUGUGGUGAUGGGAAAUGUAUAAAAUCAGAUUUAAAAUGUGAUAGAAAAUAUGAUUGUGCUGAUGGGUCAGAUGAAUUUUCUUGUGGUGUUUCUCGUUGUCCUUCUGGACAGUUCCAAUGUGAUGGUUAUAGAUGUGUUGAAGAAAGAAGACGCUGUGAUGGUAGAGCAGAUUGUUCAGAUCGAUCGGAUGAAAGUAAUUGCACUGAUCUUUCGAGAUGUAGAGCUGAUGAGUUUCAAUGUGCAAAUGGUCGAUGUAUCCGGAAAGAGUUGAGAUGUGAUCGAAAAAUCGAUUGCUCUGAUGGUUCUGAUGAACAAUCAUGUGAGACUGUCAUUCCACAAUGUAAAGCUGAUGAGUUUCAGUGCAGUUCGGGAGAAUGCAUUAAAUUUUUUCAACGCUGUGAUAUGUCUGUCGAUUGCCCUAAUGGAGAAGAUGAAAGUUUUUGCCAGGAAAUGCAUUGCUCUCCGGAUGAAUUUCAUUGUAAUGAUAAAUCAUGUGUUGAGGGUUAUCAGCGCUGUGAUGGAAAAUAUGAUUGUCCUGACUAUUCUGAUGAGCAAAACUGCACUGGUGUAGUAUGUCCUCCUGGUCAAUUUCGCUGUGAUAAUGGCAGUUGCAUUGAAAUGUCACUGAGGUGCAAUGGACGUCAAGAUUGUCCCGAUAGAUCUGGUGCUGAUGAAAAGGGAUGCCCGUGUACCGGCUCUCAGUGGCAAUGUGAUUUUGGUCAAUGUCUGGACAGAAGUAAGUUAUGUGACGGCAGAGUAGAUUGUCCUGAUGACAAUUCAGAUGAAAGAGAUUGCACUACACCCGGAUGCCCUGCCGAUAGAUUUCGUUGCAGUGACGGUACUUGCAUUCCUGCCAGCAAUAAAUGCAAUGGUCGACGUGAGUGCAGAGAUGGUUCUGAUGAAAGAAAUUGUCCAUGCCCUUCUGAUAAAUUCAUGUGCGAAAAUAGAUUCUGCAUCGAUUUAAGAAGGAGAUGUGAUGGUUAUAAUGAUUGUCAAGACAGCUCGGAUGAAAAAGAUUGCCCUGGAGAAUGCCAACCUGAUGAAUUCAAGUGUUCAGAUGGGAAAACAUGCAUUCCAGCUUCUGCGCAUUGUGAUAACAAAAAUGAUUGCCCUGAUUUUUCGGAUGAAGUUAACUGCCGUAGGCCUACUACAUUGUGUCGCUUUGAUCAGUAUCGCUGCAGUGAUGGUAUGUGCCUAAAUAUUGCCCAACGGUGUGAUGGCAAUUUAGAUUGUCCUGGAGGGGAAGAUGAAUCUGGCUGUGGUACUUGUCCUGAAAAUCAAUUCCGUUGCAGUGAUGGAUCGUGCAUUGAUUACAAGCUACGUUGUAACGGUGCCUUUGAUUGUAGAGAUGGCUCUGAUGAAAAUAAUUGUGAAAUUAAACCUUUUUGUCGUAUUACGGAUUUCACUUGCCGUGAUGGGACCUGUGUUAAUCAAACUAUCAAAUGUGAUGGAAUUGUUCAUUGUCAAGACGGUGAUGAUGAAAGCAUCUGUAGUCGUUGUGGUGUUGGGGAAUAUGUUUGUAAUAAUGGGCAAUGCAUCGAGUCUCGUCAACGAUGUGAUGGUAGAAGUCACUGUCCUAAUGGAGAAGAUGAAGCAGAUUGCCCUGUGGAGUGCAAGAGCGGCCAGUUCCGUUGUAAAAAUGGACAGUGUAUUGAUGAAAGAAGAAAAUGUGAUAGCAGACCAGAUUGUGCAGAUAGUUCAGAUGAAUUAGAUUGUGGUGCAUGUAAGCCAGGGGAUAUUAUUUGCAGAGAUGGAAGCUGUGUGGACAGUAGUAAGCGUUGUGAUGGCAGGAAUGAUUGCGCAGAAGGAAUUGAUGAAGCCAACUGUGAAUGUCAGCCAUAUGAAUUUCGAUGUGGGGAUGGAAAUUGCAUCAAUGAAAAGAGGCGUUGUGAUGGAUAUCCAGAUUGUAGGGACCAAACAGAUGAAGCUAAUUGCGAGAAAUGUGCACAGAAUAUGUUCAGAUGUGCUGAUGGAACUUGCAUCGAUGAAAGAAGGCGAUGUGAUGGUAGGAGAGAUUGCUUUGAUAACUCAGAUGAAGAGAGCUGUGCUCGUUGCCGACCUACGGAUUUCCAGUGUGGAGAUGGCUCUUGUGUUGAUUCUCAGGUACGAUGUGAUGGCAGAAAUGAUUGCCCUGAUCGAUCAGAUGAAAGUGAUUGUGGUUGUACUCCAACUCAGUUUCAAUGCAAUAAUGGCGAGUGCCUGGACAGUCGAUCGCGGUGCGAUGGCAUACCAGAUUGUGAUGACGGUUCAGAUGAGAGAGACUGCCAAGAUUGUGACGUUGAUGAGUUUAGGUGUGGUGAUGGAAAAUGUAUCGAAGACACAUUUCGUUGUGAUGGCUUGUAUGAUUGUGCUGAUUAUUCUGAUGAACAAGAUUGUGAAACUCGCCUUUGUCGUCCUUCUCAGUUUCGCUGUGUAACUGGUUUGUGCAUUGACAGAGCGAAAUAUUGUGAUGGACUGCCUGACUGUCCAGAUCGAUCUGAUGAGUUGGACUGCUGGGCUUGUCAACCUGGUCAGUAUGUGUGUGCUAAUGGACAGUGUAUUGAGCGAUCUCAAAGAUGUGAUGGUUCAUUUGAUUGCAGUGAUUAUUCUGAUGAGUCAGAUUGUGCUCCAGAAGGUGGAAUAAAUAUCAAGGUUUAUCCUGAACGCCAAAGUAUCAGGCAAGGUCGUGAAGUUGUUUUCCGUUGCCGUGAUGAAGGAAUGCGUAGGUCUCCUGUCAAAUGGCUCAGGGCUGACAAUCGUGCAAUGCCUCCUAAUAGUGUCGACAAAAAUGGUCGCCUCACGAUGCCAAACAUUCAACCAGAACACAGUGGUGUGUACAUCUGUGCAUCUGCCAGUUCGACUCCUUCGUCCUCAAGUGCCCAGAAAGCAGCUUUCCUCACAGUUCAGCCAUAUGUUCCUCCUACUGCUCGACCCACACGUGCCCCAGGAGCUUGUGCCAAAAAUGAAGCAACAUGUCAAAAUGGAGAUUGCAUUCCAUGGGAGUAUGUAUGUGAUGGUGAUUUUGACUGUACAGAUAGGUCUGAUGAAACAAAUUGUGAGCCUCAACAUCAGUGCCAACCAAAUGAAUUUCAGUGUAAAAAUAAGAAGUGCGUUUUGAAAGUUUGGCGUUGUGAUGGUGAUGAUGACUGUGGUGAUUUAAGUGAUGAAGGCUCUUGCAGCCCCAAUCCUGCUGGGUCCCCAUGUCGAUAUGAUGAGUAUCGCUGCCUUUCAGGAGACCAAUGCAUUCCAAAAAGUUUCCAAUGUGAUGGUGAAUUCGACUGUCAGGAUAAAUCUGAUGAAAUCGGUUGUGCAUCUCCUACUAUAACUCAGGCUCCUCCCGAAACACUGACUGUUGAAGAAGGUGAAACAGUUACAAUUGUCUGUACAGCUGUUGGCAAUCCUAUACCGAUCAUAAGUUGGCGACUAAAUUGGGGUAACAUUCCCACUGGUCCUCGAGUAUCGGUCACAAGUGAAAAUGGUCGAGGAACGGUUACCAUUCGUGAUGCUAGACAGAGUGAUCAAGGAGCUUGGAGCUGUGAAGCUAUCAACAGCAAGGACGGUGUUCUAGCUAUACCUGAUACUGUUUUAGUUGUAAAACCUAAAGCUGGUGUUUGUAGACCUCCUCUUUUCAAUGAAAAAGCAUCUGUCUCUUCUGAUUGUCUCAGGUGUUAUUGCUUUGGUGUCACAGAGACGUGUUAUAGCAGUAGUUUGCAUGUUAUUACUGUUCCUCUUCAAACUGAAAUUUCUAUUGUUGCUCUUCAAAAAGAUGGAAGAGGUGUCUAUGAUGAUGUUGGUCAGCGUUUUCCUCCAAAUCAAAAUGCAAUCCAAUACAAUUCAGCCAAUAGGGAAUAUAAAGUUGAAGGGCAUGUUAGAAAUGAUGCACCUUUGGAUGUACAUUAUUAUUGGAGUUUACCACCGGAAUUUCUUGGAAAUCAGCUGAACAGUUAUGGAGGAUACAUUCGAUAUGUGUUUAGAUAUUCGGCACCUUUCAUUGCAAAACCACCUCGAAUCGCUGAUUUUAUAUUGAAAGGCAACGGCAUCACCUUGUAUCAUGUUCUAAAACAACCUUAUGGACCUCAACGUGAUAACAAUGCUGAAGUACGAUUUUGGGAGGGCGAAUGGCACAAAAAUGAAGCUCAAGGACGUGGUGAUGUCCCAGUUAUUGAUGUCACUACAAGACAAGAUAUAAUGAUGGUCUUGCAAAAUGUUGAGGCGUUUUAUAUUCGUGCCAGUUAUGAUGAAGAAAUGAUUCAAUCCAGUAUUCUUAAUCUACAAAUGGAUUCUGCUUCUUUGGCUGACCCAUCUGCGCCACAAGCUGUGUAUGUUGAGAAAUGUUCUUGUCCUCAAGGGUAUACUGGGAACUCUUGUGAAGAGUGUUCUGAAGGCUAUUCUAGAAGGACAGGUACAGGCUCAGGUCUUGGAGAUUGUGUGCCAUUAAGAGUCGCUUGCAAUUGUCAUGGACACUCCAGCUUAUGUGACCCUGUGUCUGGAGAAUGUCUGAACUGCCGACAUAAUGCGGAAGGGCGUCAGUGUGAACGGUGCAAAAGAGGAUAUUUUGGUGAUGCUCGAAGAGGAACUCCCGAUGAUUGUCAACCGUGUCCAUGUCCCCUGAUAACCACUCCUAACCAGUUUUCCCCCACGUGCAUAUUGGAUACUGAUGGACAAGUCACAUGUGAUGCUUGUCCUAUUGGUUAUGAAGGAAGAAGAUGUGAAAGAUGUGGACCAGGUUAUGAUGGAAAUCCCAAUGUUCCCGGUGGUAGUUGUCGAGUUCAUGGUGGUUUACAAUGUGAUCCAGUUGGAAGUCUUACCCCUGAUCCCAGCAGAACAACUGGUUUAUGUCAAUGCAAACCGUAUGUGACUGGUGCCCGAUGUGACCAGUGUAAACCACACACCUUUAACCUCCAUUCAGACUCGCCUCUUGGUUGCAUUGAUUGCUUCUGCAUGGGUAUCACAGAGACAUGUUCAAGCUGCAGUUGGUAUCGAGAUGAAAUUGUUCUUAGUUUUAGUAGCAGUUCUCAAGGAGUCAUUUUAUCAAAUGCUUUAAGAAAUUACAAUAUCAAUCAGAAUCUUCAAGUAGAUGCUCGAAAUAAAGAGCUGGUGUUUAGAAAUUUUGCUACUCAACCUGCUCAGACCUAUUACUGGAAAAUGCCUUCAACAAUGCUGGGAGACAAAGUAACUGCAUAUGGUGGAAGACUGAAUUAUACAAUUAUGUAUGUGCCAGGUAGCAGAGCAGAUCCAAACAUUGAUCCUGAUGUUCAAAUUAUGGGAAAUAGCAUAAUAUUGGUGUAUCGGCAUUCAGAGCUAAUACGACCAUCAACUCUGCAUUCUGUGUCAAUACCCAUGUAUGAGACAUCUUGGCUUCGAGCAGACGGACAACCAGCUACAAGAGAACAUCUUUUAAUGACAUUAGCUGAUUUAGAUGCAAUUUUGAUAAAAGCAACUUACACUGGAGGAACUACAUCUGCCAGUUUAGCUGAUGUAUCACUUUCAAUUGCUGUGGAUCGCCCCACUGAAUACGGUAGGGCAUUGGCUGUGGAGCAGUGUCGAUGCCCAAUCGGAUAUCGGGGAUUGUCUUGUGAAGACUGUGAUGCUGGUUACACGAGAACUGGAGCUGGGCUUUACUUAGGACUGUGCGAGCCUUGCUUUUGUAAUAGUCAUUCAAGUGAUUGUGAUCCUGAAAAUGGAAUUUGUAAGAAUUGCCAACAUAAUACUGGAGGAGAUUUCUGUGAAGAGUGUCUGUCUGGUUAUGUGGGUGAUGCAAGUGGUGGAACACCAAAUGACUGUCAGCCUGCAAUCGAACCAACCUGCCAAUGUGAUUCUCGUGGAAGCCUUGGCCUGGAAUGCGAUUAUAGAAAUAACUGUCCUUGCAAACCAAAUGUUCAAGGAAGAAAUUGCAAUAGAUGUAAGGAAGGAUUCUUUGACCUGGAAGCCAGAAACCCUGAAGGAUGUGCUCCCUGCUUCUGUUUUGGGGUUACACAACAGUGUAGUAGCAGCUCAUAUUACCGAAGUCAGAUUGCAAUGAGAUUAGAAGACUUGGUAGAUCCAUACAGUCACAAUUUCCAAUUAACUACCAGGUUCAGAACACGAACUAUAACUGAAGGUAUAAUUAUUAAUCCAAGCCAAAAUGAAGUCAGUUUUACAUCCUUCCCAAGAGAUCCUGAACAAACAGAAACAUUAUUCUGGUCUCUACCUGCUCAAUUUUUGGGAAACAAACUUGCAUCUUAUGGAGGAAAACUGAAAUAUACACAACAAUAUUUAGCUGGAGAUGGAGGAGAUCUCUAUGCUGAUGCAGAUGUAGAAAUGACUGGAAAUGGAAUAUCAGUGUUUUAUGUAAAUAUCCCAACAUUAAACCCUCAAGAUAUAAGAACAUUUAAUAUAGAAUUACGUGAAACCAAUUGGCAAAGAGUAGAUUCUCGAGGCCCAACAUCUGCAACACGGGAGGACUUCAUGAAAGUACUCGCAAAUGUCGAAGCGUUGCUUAUUAGAGCUUCAUUCCAUAACAGGAUGCAUCAAACGCUUCUACGUGAUGUUCAAAUGGAUACUGCCUUACCACAAAGCACAGGACAAGGCCUAGCAGCAGCUGUAGAACAAUGUGUUUGCCCACCUGGUUACAUUGGAUUAUCUUGUGAGGAAUGUGCUCCAGGAUAUAUUCGUGAUGCCAGUGGACCAGGACUUGGUCGUUGUACACGAUGCAACUGCAAUGGACAUUCUGAAUCUUGUGAUGCUACUUCAGGAAGUUGUGUGCGUUGUCGUCACAAUACUGUUGGUGAAAGCUGUGAGCGAUGUGCUGAUGGGUAUUAUGGUGAUGCAACUCGCGGUACGCCAGAAGAUUGUAAGGCUUGUCCUUGUCCUUUAACUACUCCUCCAAAUCAAUUUUCACCUACUUGUUUCCUUGAUAAUGAUGGACAACCUACCUGUAAUGCAUGUCCUCCGGGAUACAUUGGAAGAAACUGUGAAAAGUGUUCUGCUGGUUAUCGAGGGACUCCCGUACAACCAGGUGGAAGAUGUGAACCCACUGGAGGUGUCAGUCCAACUAUACGUGUCAGGGUUGAAGAACCCAGAACUCAGCGGGUCCCAGUUGGAGCUACUGUGACAUUUAGGUGUACAGGUGUCAGUCAAGUUAGUGAUGUAACUUACACCUUGGUGUGGACAAAAGAAGGAGCUGCUAUGCCUUCACAAGCUACAGAGGCCAGUGGUGUGUUAGCAAUACCCAAUGUUAGGCCAGAAGAUACUGGAACAUAUAUAUGUACUGGAUCAGACCUCACUAGUGUUGCACAGGACAGAGCAACACUUUUAGUUGAGGGUACUGGACGUCCUACUCCUCCUAGAGUCACAAUUGAACCUCAUUUCCAAGAAGUGAAAGUUGGAGACCCUGUCGAAUUCCGUUGCAUAGCCGAAGGCUUUCCAGAGCCUCAAAUUCGUUGGACAGGAGGACGCAAUAACCAAAUAAAUCCUCAAGCUACCUUUAUUGGUGGAUUUUUCAGGCUGUCUUCUGCUAGAAAAAGUGAUGAAGCUGAAUACUUCUGCUCUGCUACCAAUGCAGCUGGCUCUGAAUCUGUUAGAACCAUUUUGCUAGUUAGAGGAGAAGACACAAAUACUGUAGAAGAGCCACAGUUGACCAUUACUCCAUCCACAUAUGAAGCUCAAAGACUUGAAACCGUGAAAUUUCAAUGUCGAGUAACUGCCACUCCAACCCCUACAAUAACUUGGUCCUUCUCCGGUGGCCAACUUCCUGAAGAUAGCAGUCAAGUUGGAGGAGUCUUAACACUUCCACGAGUAACAGAAACUUAUCAGGGUGUAUAUGUGUGUACAGCAAGUAAUAUUCACGGAACAGCUCAAGCUCAAGCUCGUUUACUGAUCGCUUCACGUCGUAGUCCUCCCACUGCUCGUGUAGAGCCUGAAAGACAAACCAUUACUCAAGGUACAUCAGGAGAGCUCAGAUGCAUUGUCAGUGGCAUACCCAAGCCUACUGUUACAUGGAGCAAAGUGGGAGCAGAUCUCUCAAAUCGUCACCAAGUACGAGAAGAUAAUCUCUAUAUCUCUGAUGUCACAGUUGAAGACAGAGGCCUGUAUGUAUGCCGUGCAGAAAACAGAGAUGGUUCUGCUCAAGCGUCAGCCAUUGUUGAAGUUGAAAGGAGAGAAGUGCCAGCCAUUGACUUAUAUCCUGAAGCAACACAGAUAGUUUUGCGAGGGGGAAGUGCUCUUUUCCAGUGUAGAGUAACUUCUGGAAGUCCGACUCCUACUGUGGAAUGGACGAGAGCUGAUGGCAGUCCUUUCACCAGCAGCACAGAAAUAGUUAAUGGUGGUGUUAUCAGGUUUAAUCGAGUUACUGGUGAUGAAGAAGGAACUUAUAUUUGUACAGCAGAAAAUUCUGGUGGAAGAGUUACAGCCCAAGCUGUUUUACAAAUCACAGGUGCACCUACAGUGAGAAUAGUUCAGGCUAAUCCAUACAGAGUAAGACCAGGUGAAACUGUACGGUUUGAGUGCAUAUCUCAUGGUGAUCCUAAACCCAAUGUUGUAUGGAGAAAACUUCGACAUCCUCUGGUAUCCUAUGCAGGACGAUCGGAGCGUGAAGAUGGUAAAGCUCUUUUAGAGAUCAGGAGAGUAUCACAGAGUGAUGCAGGUGUCUAUAUAUGCUCAGCCCAAAGUACAGCUGGUGUGACAGAAGAAAGAAUUCAACUGAUUGUGGAAGAAACAGACUCUGUUGUUCCUGAAGUAAUGGUAGAAGACCGAGUGACCACUGCUUCCAUUAACUCUAGUGUGGAACUGAGAUGCUUUGUGAGAGGCACUGAUAGAGAUGUGUACUUGAAAUGGACAAGAACUGAUGGAGGUCAAAUACCAGCAAACCACCGGCUGCAGGAUGGUGUCUUGUAUAUACCAAACGUGCAACCUGAAGAUGCUGGAGAAUAUUCUUGCCUUGGCAUUGUUGAAGGAGAUAUUAUACUGUUUACUGCAAGAGCUAGACUAGCUGUUGUUGCUCCACCAAGAAUACAACUGAAUCCUCCACGUCAGACUGCGCGUCCUGGAGACAUAGUUCGUGUCCAAUGUACUGCUACCGGUGAUCAACCCAUUUCAAUCGACUGGAGUCGCAUUGGUGGAUAUUUAGCUCAAAAUAUGGUGCAAGCUGGGGGCGUUUUGACAUUCCAAGGGAUAACAUCUAAUGAUGCUGGAAGAUAUUUGUGCACUGCUGUUAAUGCUGCUGGUAAAGCUGAAGGUGUGGCAGAAGUUGUAGUCAAUGAAGAAACACCUCUUGAUUAUGUGCGUAAAGAGGAAACUGCUUUUGUUGGAGCAAAUAUUCAGCUGAAAUGUGCUAUAUCUGGUUCACCUACGCCACAGUUGGAGUGGAGCAAAGAUGGAGGUCCAUUACCUGAUAAUGCAAAUGUCAUCAACAAUGAAUUAUGGUUACGCAAUGUCCGAUUGGAAAAUGCUGGACGCUACAUAUGUACUUCAUCAAAUACUCUGGGACGAACAAGAGAUUAUGUAAUCCUAAAUGUUAGAGCUGUGCCAACCCUGGAAGUUAAAAUUGAAGCCAAUAAAGAAAUCGUAAGAAUGGGUGACACUUUGGAUCUUCGCUGUAAGGUGACUGGUGAUCAGAAUGCACGCAUAUCUUGGCAUAAAGUAGCCCAAGAUGGACCAUUGCCUGACAAUGUAAGAAUUCGUGAACCACUUCUAGUCAUAAAUGGUGUGAUGCCAGAAAAUGGUGGUGUUUACAGAUGCAAGGUGGAAAGCUAUGCAGGAACUUUCAGUGAUGAUUAUGUGCUUGCAAUGCAAGUUCCACCCACAAUAUCACCUGAUUUAGUCGAGACUCGAACAGCACCAUUUGGCUCAACUGUUGUGAUGGACUGCAAAACCAAUUUGGACCCACCAGUUGCUUACACAUGGAACAAACAGGGAGGCGUGUUGCCCUUAGAUGCCACUGUGGCUAAUGGACAGCUGACCAUACCAGAUGUAAAAGGAGAGGAUGCAGGAACAUACUUUUGCACGGCUCGUAGCCAUGUUGCCACUAUAGAUGUACCAACAAUUCUGAUAGUUACAGGUGUUGUUCCUUAUUUUACACAGACACCUCUGUCGUACAUGAAAAUGCCAGCAUUGCCAGAUUCAUAUUUAGUGUUUGAAAUUGAAAUUGCCUUCAAACCUGAAAGCAUGAAUGGUCUCAUUCUGUAUAAUGGUCAGAAGAAUAAUCAAGGCGAUUUCAUAUCUAUGGUGCUGGUCAAUGGCUAUGUGGAAUUUAGAUUUGAAUUAGGAUCUGGAGUUGUUAUUCUUCGCAGUCUGCAACCUGUUGAAAUGGGAAAAUGGCAUGUUGUAACAGUGUCACGAGAACAGAAAUCUGGUACUUUAAUUGUUGAUGAUCAAACUCCAGUGUCUGGAACUGCCCAUGGUAGAUUUUUGGGUCUUGAUCUUGAAGAACCAAUGUAUUUAGGAUCUGUUCCUGACUUUGGUAUCAUUGAAUCAAAUGCAGGAGCUACUAAAGGUUUUGUUGGAUGCAUCAGUCAUUACAGAACAGGAAAAGUUGUACACAAUUUGUUGCGUGAAGCUAAAGCAUUUGGUAUUUCAUACUGUGAAGUGUGCUCCAAAAACCCUUGUCUUCAUGGAGGAGUUUGCCAAGAAGCUUUGACAAUGGUCGGUUACAACUGUAUCUGUCCAUCGGGCUUUUCAGGAAGAGAUUGCGAGACAGUUGGAGAAGCAUGUUAUCCAGGAGUCUGUGGAGAAGGACGAUGCAUCAAUAGACCUGGAGGAGGAUUUGAUUGCUAUUGUCCAAUGGGAAGAUCAGGUUUACGGUGUGAGAAAGAUAUUGUCAUCAUUGAACCUGCUUUUUCGGAUGAUGCAUAUGUCGCAUAUCCUACUCCAAAUGCCCUACGUACAUUGAAAAUGAACAUGAAGCUUAAACCUCAUACAACAGAUGAUUGUUUGAUUGCAUAUUGCGCUCAAGCAGAAGACGGAAUGGGAGAUUUUACAUCAAUAGCUAUCAGAAACAAAAGCGUUGAAUUUAGAUUUGACAUGGGUUCAGGACCUGCCAUUAUCAGAAGUCCAGAGCCCAUUUUACAGGAUGAGUGGCUGAGUAUAGUAGCAGAACGUGAUAUGAGAGAAGGUUCUCUCAUUGUCAAUGAUGGAGUUGCUGCCAAGGGCAUGUCUCCCGGUGUUGCACGAGGUUUGAACUUGCAUACACCUUUCUAUAUUGGAUCUGUUGACAAGCAUCGAAUAUCGGUUUCUCCUUAUGCUGAAAUACAGCAUGGUUUUGAUGGAUGCAUUGCUCAUGUUGAAGUUAAUAAUGUUGAAAUUGACUUAGUCAAUUCAGUUGUUGAUUCUUCAAAUGUUGAAGAUUGUGGAGGAAGAACUCCAUGUGAGAAAAAUCCAUGUCUGUUUGACGGAAUAUGUAUUGAAGAUGAAGGCACUCAAAGUGGCUAUGUAUGUGAAUGUCAGGAUGGUUACAGUGGUAAAAAUUGUGAAAUAGAAACUGAUUUAUGUAGCUUGAUUGAUCCUUGCAAGAAUGGAGGAACCUGUGUAGGUUCGGGCAACUCUUACAAGUGUAUCUGUCCUUUCAGAUAUAAAGGCACAAACUGUGAAGAAGAUUCGUUGUUCAAUGACAGGGUAUCUUUUGGAGGUGAUGGAUAUCUUUCCUUGGACAGUGAAAUGCUACCUCAUAAUCCGAGUGAUAAAGAUGAAGUCAUUGGUUUUAGCUUUAGCACCACUAGUUUGCAAGGCCUUCUCUUUUUCCAUGGCCAGAAACCUGAAAGUGAUGGUAAAGGACAAGAUUAUCUAGCAGCAGCCAUAGUAGAUGGAUAUUUAGAAUUUAGCUAUGAACUGGGUGGUGGACCUGCUAUAAUUAAAUCCCCUGUUAAGGUCAAUGAUGGAAAAACUCAUUAUGUUACCCUAAAAAGAACUGCUCGUCAUGGAAGUUUAGAAUUGGAUGGAGCUCAUCAAAUGUUUGGAGAGUCCCAAGGAAUGUUACAGAUGCUAAAUGCGGAUGGUGACAUUUAUAUCGGUGGGGUUCCAAACCACAAACUUAUGACAGCUGGAAGGUAUCCUCAAGGACUCAUUGGCUGUUUAUGGGAACUAAGAAUAGAAGAUUCUGGACCUAUUAAUUUAUUUAAUGAAGCAAAAACUGGAGUUAAUGUUCAGGAUUGUGAAAUUGACGAAGCUAGUGGAGAAGAUUUCGAAAAUUUUAUACAGAAAUAACUCUAACCUCACCUAGCCAUCUAAAUGCCAUAAUGAACUGCUACUGACUUUUGAAAACUUUGUUCAGAAAGAAUAGGGAACAUUUAGUGGCUAGUUCUCUCUUCAAGUGAAGAGAAGUAUCGGCAUCCAACUCAUUUCUGCAAUUGACGCUUAGAUUAACACAUGAGGACCAUUUUAAGCUCUACAGAUGGAAAUUGUCCAUUCAGCAAAGUUUCAAACUCUAUUUCACAACUGUUUCUAUGGGACUAUUGAUUUUUAUUUAUAUUAAGUUUUUGAACUAAUGCACAGAUAUCUGUUCUGAUGAGAGGAGUAAUACUCUGUUUUUUUUUAAUAAUGUUACGUUAAAUGUUUGCCAGAAGAGAUUUUUGAGAUUUUCCAGUUUCUAUAUUGAUCUUAUCAUUUGUAAUGCACAGCCUUGAUUUCAGAUGCAUUUUACAAGUAUUAUUGUUUUGAUUUUUUUCCCUGGUUAUUUUUAGACCUUCACUGCCAUGUGUUUUCCUUAUACUGAAAUCAGUUGUGUUGUCUAUUUUCGUCACAUUGACAUGGUGCUAUGAGCAACUUUUUUUUUUUAUAUUUCAGUUGCGAAGUGACUCACUAUAUCUUGCCAGCAUCAACAUGUUGUAAAUCGGUUUUCAUUUAAUUGUUGUACGAAAUGAGAUUUCAUCCCAGUGAUUUUUUUUUUUUAAUUUUGUUUUUGCUUCUGAAUGAGUAGCAAAAUGUUAACAAUUCUUCCCUUAAUUGUUUUGAAAUGCUCCACUCUUCAUUGAUUUAUGUAGGUGAGUGUGGAAAUCUUGAUGUUACAUUGUGAAUAUUUUAUUUAAAAGGUCUGAAAUAAAGUUAAAUUUAUUU